CCAUGAGUGAAACUCUUGCUUCUUUUGCUCAUAACAUUGUUUAAUGUUCGAGAAAGUUUCUGUCCUUUUGGUCAUAUUGUGAGGUUGGGAGGUCAGAAUCUGCGGGGUGCUACUAUGUCCAGGCUGCUUCGUAAAACUUACCUUCUCAGGAGCUCUCUUUUCGGCCAUGACGUUACUACAAUGGGCUUUAGACAUGGAUUAUUGGCCACAGCGCAAAUUUUAAGCUUCUCAACUCGAGGUAAAAGGGGGUCAAAACCAGAUGGAAGUGAUUCAUGCGAAGAAAAUAUGUCUAAGAAAGAGUUAGCCCUACAACAAGCUCUGGAUCAGAUCACUUCUGCACAUGGAAAGGGAUCUAUCAUGUGGCUUGGUCGCUCUGUCUCUGAAAAGCAUGUACCUGUAGAUGUAGUGUCAACUGGUUCUUUUGCGCUUGAUAUGGCACUAGGAGUUGGUGGACUUCCAAAGGGACGUGUUGUGGAAAUAUAUGGUCCGGAGGCUUCUGGGAAAACUACUCUUGCCUUGCAUGUGAUUGCAGAAGCGCAGAAGCAAGGAGGCUAUUGUGCUUUUAUUGAUGCUGAGCAUUCACUUGAUAAAACACUCGCGGAGUCUAUUGGUGUUAAUACUCAGAACUUGCUUGUCUCUCAACCUGAUUGUGGUGAACAAGCACUUAGUCUUGUUGAUACCUUAACUCGAAGUGAUUCAAUUGAUGUAAUUGUUGUUGAUAGUGUAGCUGCUCUUGUUCCUAAAGGCGAGCUUGAAGGUGAGAUGGGUGAUGCUCACAUGGCAAUGCAGGCUAGGUUGAUGAGCCAGGCACUUCGAAAAUUGUGUCACUCUUUAUCAAUGUCCCAUUGUAUAUUGAUUUUUAUAAACCAGGUGAGGUCAAAGCUUUCUACUUUUGGGGGUUUUGGUGGGCCAUCAGAUGUUACUUGUGGUGGUAAUGCAUUGAAAUUCUAUGCUUCAGUGCGGCUAAAUAUCAAACGAAUAGCAUAUGUUAAGAAGGCAGAAGAGACUCUAGGAAGCCAGGUCCUUGUCAAGGUUGUGAAGAACAAGCUUGCUCCUCCAUUUAAAACUGCACAGUUUGAGCUUGAGUUUGGCAAGGGUAUAUGUAGAGAAGCAGAGGUCUUAGAUUUGAGCCUAAAACAUAAAUUCAUCUCUAAGUCUGGUUCAUUUUACAACUACAAUGGCCAGAACUUCCAUGGCAAGGAUGCUCUUAAGAAGUUCCUGGCUAGCAACCCUAGUGCUCAAGAAGGACUUAUUCUGAAGCUGAGGGAGAAGCUUCUUACAGCGGUGACAGAUGGAGAUGUUACAGAAGUUGUAUCACCUUACUCUACUGAUGAAGAAGCUGCUGCUGCUGCAGAAGCAUGAUUUUGCUGAUACUCCCAAAGCAUGCUUCACUUUAUCUUUCCUUGCUUGGAGGCAGCCUUAAGCAACAAAAUCCUCAAAUGCUUGUGGUUCCGAAUCAUAUGGCUCUUUUAUCAAUUAGUCCUCUCGGUUGCUUGAUUGCUCACGUGAGGAAAGAGAUAGAAAUAGAUGUGGGGUCCACCUGUCGUUGUGGGCCUCAUGCGGAUUCUAUUCCAUGCCUGUCUUCUUUCUUAAGCAAUUAAGGGGAUCCAAAUCCAUUUACUGUACGCUGUCGCCAUUAAUGGAAUCAUUGGGUCAUUGGUUCAUGUGCAGAUUUUGUAUGGAGGAAAGGAAGUGUCAAUUGAUAUAUGUUUGCAAUGCAUGUAGUUAAUCAUUGAGCCAUUGCCUAUUAUGUGUAAGCAUAUAACUCUUCAUGUAUAACAUUUCUGGUGUCGUCUUUUUCUUCCUCA